GAACGCUCAUUGGUUAAUUUUCAUUAUCAAUAAGCGGACAGACACAUGAAUUUAUAAUUUAUGCGACUAAUUUUAUCCCUUCUGCCAUAUCUGCCAUUUUGUUAUUGUAAAAAACAAAUUCUCGUCAGUUUUUGUUAAGCGUCUGUACUGUUAUUGACAAUGAAUUUCGUCAUAACAUUGUCAAAGUAGUCUGUUAUAACGAAAUUCGUUACGCAUGAAACACUGACGUCAAUUUGUACUUCAUGUGCAGCUACAGCUCGUUUCGAAACGUUUUUUUUUAUUCCGGUUACAAGCCCCCUCAGAUAUAAGCCCCUCCGUUUAUAAGCCCAUCCAGAACGGAAGCCCUUACGGAAUUGUAUCAGCGGCAAUAGUGUAUUGCUUAUACCCGACAACCUUCGCGCGCCUGAAAAAUUUUCACUCUCAGCGGUCUUACCCAAUACACACACGUGAAACAUGGCGGACGCCUUUGGUGAAGACGAUAUAUUUGCAGUUUUCGAGGACGAUUCCGGAGAAAACAGUAACAAAAAGGGUAAAAAAGACAAAAAAGAUGGUCCAUCAAAAUCUACAGAUGUUUCACAUAUUGGGGAGAAAAGAGAUUUUACGCCGGAUAUCGUCGACCUCACUUUGGAAGAGUCUGGAGCAAAGAAAGCGAAACUAGACGAUUUAGAGAGCCUUGUGGAAUCAAUUCCUCGUGUGAAUGUAAUAAGUGUUGAAACUAUUGAAGCAUGUAAUCAUGAGGUUGCAGUACCUGAAGGAUGUGAAUAUGUUCCCUUGGUCCAGAAGGCAACAAAACCUGCUAAGGAAUACCCUUUCAUUCUGGAUCCUUUCCAGAAAGAGUCACUGAAAUGUCUGGAAAACAACCAGUCUGUUUUGGUAUCUGCACAUACAUCGGCUGGGAAAACAGUUGUGGCAGAGUAUGCCAUUGCUAUGUCACUACAGAACAAGCAGAGAGUAAUCUAUACUACACCGAUAAAGGCUCUGAGUAACCAAAAAUAUCGUGAGUUAUACGAAGAAUUCCAAGAUGUUGGCCUUAUGACAGGAGAUGUCACAAUCAAUCCCAGUGCCAGUGCCCUGGUCAUGACAACAGAGAUUCUGAGAAAUAUGCUGUAUAGAGGUUCUGAGAUAAUGAGAGAAGUUGCUUGGGUAGUGUUUGAUGAAAUUCACUACAUGAGAGAUAAAGAGAGAGGUGUUGUGUGGGAAGAGACCAUCAUUCUGUUACCAGACAAUGUACACUAUGUCUUCCUUUCUGCAACCAUUCCUAAUGCCAGGCAGUUUGCUGAAUGGAUUGCGCAUCUUCACAAACAGUUGUUGCAAAAUGAGAUUNUCAAACUUUACCUUUUGUUGGUUUUAGGUCCUUCAAACUGUUUUAAAAUCGUGAAAAUGAUCAUGGAGAGGAAUUUUCAACCUGUGAUUAUCUUCAGCUUCAGCAAGAAAGAAUGUGAAGCAUAUGCCCUUCAGAUGUCUAAACUAGACUUCAAUUCAGGUCAAGAGAAAAAGCUAGUAGAAGAAGUGUUUAACAAUGCUAUUGAUUGUUUAUCAGAUGAAGACAAAACGCUUCCUCAGGUGGAACAUGUUCUUCCACUUCUGAAACGUGGCAUUGGAAUCCAUCACUCAGGACUUCUUCCAAUUUUGAAAGAGACCAUUGAAAUCCUCUUUUCAGAAGGAUUAAUCAAGGCCCUGUUUGCCACGGAAACAUUUGCCCUCGGCCUUAACAUGCCUGCAAGGACUGUUGUGUUUACAAAUGCAAGGAAAUUUGAUGGAAAAGACUUUAGAUUUAUAACAUCAGGAGAGUACAUUCAAAUGAGUGGUAGAGCAGGAAGGCGUGGCAUUGACGACAGAGGAAUCGUCAUUUUGAUAGUGGAUGAAAAAAUGGGACCUGAUGUUGGAAAAGAACUGUUAAAGGGUCAAGCAGAUCCGCUGAACAGUGCUUUCCAUCUAACUUACAACAUGGUAUUGAACUUGCUGAGAGUGGAAGAAGUAAAUCCUGAGAUUAUGCUAGAAAAAUCUUUUCAUCAGUUUCAGAAUUACGCAUCUGUACCUGGCAUGAUUGACAAACUUAAAGAACUUGAAGCCCAGAGGGACACUUUUGAAAUCCCAAAUGAAGAGUCCAUUACGUCAUAUUACAAAAUUAGACAACAGCUGAAAAGACUGGGAAAUGACAUGCUGGUUGGUAGUUUAUUCACACCAGACCAAAGCUUAAUCAAGCAAGUUAAAGGAGCUCAGUCACAGCAUUUUGAGUUAUGUUGGCUAUGUGCAAAAGUGGUACCCAUUUUGUUGAAUCUGGUGAAGGCAAUCAGUAGUGUCAGGUUGUAUAUCCCCAAAGACUUGAGGUCACUGGACAGUCGGCAGAGUGUUGGCAAAUCCAUAAAGAAAAUAGAGACAUUAGAACAUCGUAUGUACACUCAUCCACUACACAAGCAUCCCUCACUGGAGUCACUGUACAACUUAUGUGAAAAGAAAGCACAGAAAAUAGAGACAUUAGAACAUCGUAUGUACACUCAUCCACUGCACAAGGAUCCCUCUCUGGAGUCACUGUAUAACUUAUGUGAAAAGAAAGCACAGAGUUCCAGUGGGCCAGGUCAAAACAGGAAAGAACUGAAGAGAACAAAGACAAUCUUACAACUUGAUGAACUCAAGUGUAGGAAACGAGUCUUAAGAAGGUUAGGAUAUACCACGGCAUCAGAUGUUAUUGAGCUCAAAGGACAUGUAGCUUGUGAACUUAGCAGUGGAGACAAGCUUUUACUCACAGAGAUGAUCUUCAAUGAAGUGUUCAACGACCUUACAGUUCAACAGUGCGUGGCGUUGCUCAGCUGUUUUGUGUUUGAAGAAAAGAGUGAUGAAUCGCCCAAACUGACAGAAGAGUUGGCAGGUCCCUUGAGACAGAUGCAGGAAUCUGCUCGGCGAAUCUGCUCGGCGUAUCAGAAGGUUUCAGAAGAAGCUAAGCUUCAAAUUGACGUGGAAACUUACGUGGAGUCCUUUAAACCUCAUAUCAUGGAUGUGGUAUUCGCUUGGGCAAACGGAGCGUCAUUUUCACAGAUCUGUAAAAUGACUGAUGCAUUUGAAGGAAGUGUUAUUCGUUGCAUGCGUCGCCUGGAAGAACUUUUAAGACAGAUGUGUCAAGCGUCAAAAGCCAUUGGAAACACUGAGCUGGAAAAUAAAUUUGCAGAAGGUAUCAUCAAAAUCAAGAGAGACAUUGUCUUUGCGGCAAGUUUGUACCUCUGAGAGGUGAACAUGAAUUAGCUGCUGUGGAUACUUACACAAACGAGUUCCUGAUGCAGGACACCUUGGAACCUUGGACAAUAAUGCUUCUGCAUUUUGUUUGGUGCUGUUGGCUCGAUUUUUCUGUCCAUUUUGGCUUGUAGAUUUUACCACAAGACAAUCUGCGGUCUGAACUCUAAAGAACAGCUUAUCCUACAAGCCCACGAACUUACUGAGGAGUAAAACGACAUUUCUUAGACCAAAUAAUGACCUUAAACUUUGAAAUUCAAUCCUCGAGAACAUUAUUUUUAGCUUGGGAGAGUACACUUCUUGGACUUAGGAUUGAUAAGUAACGGUAGAUAACGUAAUGCUAGAUACGAUAACUUUUACAAAUGAUCAAAUGUAAAGAUAAUAAUCCCUUUGAUUAUGAAAGGUCGUUGUUGACUGUUAUUUAAGGGCGACUGUCUUGAUUAAGGUUCAUUUUUUGGCAAAUUAGAAAGUUAUCUCCAAGGCAAGACAAGAAGCUCUAGGGCUCAGAACUGUGCCUGGUAGUUUGACAUCUUAGUAAAACCACACGAAAGGCUAGCAUGAGUCUUGCUAGCGCCAGACGUUCACUAACUGUCCUCGAUUGUCUUGCAGAUAAUCUCUUUUCAAUGCAAUAAUAACUCAACAAAAUAAUUUUACACUUGGCACGAAGCUAAGAAUGGAGCUCUUAAAUUUUGACUUCUAUUUUACUGGAAGAAAUGUCUGUUCGCUUUGUCGAGAGUUGACGUAAUGUCUUGAAAUUCGGGUCUCAUCAGAUGUUAUUUCGCUUUCGAUUAAAAGCUUGAGUUGAAGUCGCUAUAGUGCUCGAACUAAGCGGAUAUUUUCCUCGGUCACAAAACUUCUUUGCCCUUGGGAUCCCCACUGACAAAUAUCGUCAUUUUUGUAUUGUAUAUACUGUAUGUAGAAACUGAAAGAAUACUUUAAUAAAUGACCUGUUUUGGUUUUA